ACGUAGAGAGCUUGUGAAGAUGGCUGCAACGACGGGGAAGAUGCAGUAUGUCCGCCUCGGAAAUUCUGGUCUCAAAGUCUCCAAGAUUAUCUUGGGAUGCAUGUCCUACGGCCUCAAGGGUUGGCAAGAGUGGGUUCUCGAUGAAGAGGAGGCCAUCGAGCAUAUUAAAUUCGCACAUGAUAAUGGGAUCCAAACAUUCGAUACCGCAAAUGUGUAUUCAAAUGGUCAUUCCGAAAUCAUUCUGGGCAACGCGAUCAGGAAAUUGAACUUACCUCGCGAAGAGCUUGUCAUCAUGACCAAGCUCAAUGGAGCAGUCUCUCCGGACCCGAACAUCAACAUCAUCCGUUCCGGCAAGAAGCCAGCGGACUACGGUAUCAUCAACCAGAGAGGCCUGAACCGCAAGCAUGUAUUUGACUCGGUCAAAGCGAGUCUCAAGCGUCUCCAAGUUGAUUAUAUUGAUCUUCUGCAGUGCCACCGAUUCGACUAUAUGACGCCCAUUGAGGAGACUAUGCAAGCUCUGCACGACGUAGUCAAAGCUGGCUAUGUCCGUUACAUCGGCAUGAGUUCCUGCUAUGCCUACCAAUUCCAUGCCAUGCAGAACUACGCCAUCAACAACAAGCUGACGCCGUUCAUCUCGAUGCAAAAUCACCACAACCUGUUGUAUCGCGAAGAGGAGCGCGAGAUGUUCCCGACGCUGAAGAUGUUCGGCGUCGGCGCGAUCCCAUGGUCGCCGCUCGCUCGCGGUGCUCUGACGCGUCCCAUCUCGGACAAGUCUACGUCUCGGGCGCAGACCGACCGUAUGAUCAACGGAUACACCGGUGCCGGAUCGCCUGAGAUCAUUCGCAGGGUAGAGGAGCUUGCGAGCAAGAAGGGCGCCACUAUGGCGCAGAUCGCCCUCGCGUGGAGUCUGGCCAAGGAAGAUGUGACCGCGCCGAUCGUCGGCACCACGAAGCUGGACAGCCUCAAGGAGCUAAUUGUCGCGGUGGACAUCAAGCUCACGGAAGAGGAGGUCAAGUACCUCGAGGAGCCGUAUCAGCCCAUGACAAUCUUUGGCCACUCAUAGAUUACGAUAGCCGCGUCGGUCGAUACAAUGUGCAAGUAGGUUACCAACCCAACUACAGAAACAUGACAGUUGGGCCGGGAUCGUUUCCGGGUCAUGCGGCUUCGAUCUUUCGAAGCAGCUCGUCAAUAUGUUUCCGUUUCUUACUCUGAAUCUGGACGUUGAAUAUGUGUUUCAAGGGGCACGCUGCAACCCGCGGAAAGACUAAAC